AUGGAUUUAGAUUCAUCACUAAGAGGCAGUUUUUCACGUGAAGGAUCUGCACCUGGAGGAAAAUCCCGAGAGUCACAACACGACAGGGAUCAUCAAAGACAUCGAAGCAUAAAACGUCGUGAAAACAAACGCCAUCGACGUUCGUACAGUCGCUCACAAAAUCGUUCCCGUUCACAAUCAUACACGCCACCUUACAGUCGUUCAUAUAGUCGCUCCACUUCUCCCGAAGGAAAAUCACAGACUAGAAGUAAAGAUGGAAGCAUUGAAAGGGUGUCAGACAUUAAUGACGACGGAACUCACACGAGAGGUGAGUCAAAAGUCGAUCAAAUAUCAGACGAGCUUGCACGAGAGGCAAGACAAGUCCAAAGAAAAAUAUCAAAGAAUCCACGUCCAGGUCCAACAAAAACUGCGGAUCCAAAUAGCAGUAAGGAAAACCCAGAAUCAAACGAUAAUAGAAAACUCAACACCGAGUAUUUGGAAAUUCUUGGAGAUGACCCGACUACGAUUAAAGAUACAAAAUCCUUAAUAAACAAAGAUUUACUGACAAGAUCGUCCAAAUGGAUUACCACGAGUCUCAAAAAAGAAAUAAAAGAAAAAUUGUUAAAAGAUUACCCUAACGUUGAAGGGAUAACACCGCAAGCUUUAAAUCGUAAAUUUCACAUCUGA